UAAAGACACAAAACCGGGACAAAAUGGCGGAAAAAGUCCGGAAGAAAAGUCUGACCAACAGCAUCAGGGAAAGCUUGGCAGGGUCGAGGAGAGGGAGCCUGUCUGGGUCCGUCAGAGGACUGAGUGUGGCAGGGUCGGUCACUGGAGAAACUACAGCGGCGGACGCGAAAGCAGAGGAGGCUAACGCGGGGACGGCAGAAGGGAACACAACAACACAAGAAAAGGGAGACAGACAAACAGCAGAGGUAGAUGCAGCAUCGCAAGAUGGGGGUAAAGACCGGAGGAAAAGUCUGACUCAGAGCAUAGCAGGGUCUAUCCGAGGCAGCCUAGCAGGAUCGAGAAGAGGAAGCAAGGCGGUAUCCCGAGAAACACUAGAGGCCGAGGCAAACACGGUUACAGCAGAGCUACAUGCAAACACAGAAGAAGCGAACACAGAACGAAGGCAAAGUCUGACACAGAGCAUAUCUGGGUCUGUCAAGGGAUCUGUAGCUGGUUCAAGAAGAGGAAGCAAAGCGGAGUCGAUCAAAGCAGAGGGGGUCUCAAACGCAGCAGUAGGAACCACAGGCCGAAAGAAAAGUCUGACCCAGAGCAUAAUAGGCUCGAUUAGAAGCUUAACUGGGUCUAAAAGAGGAAGCUUGGCUUCGCUCAAAGAAAUACCAGAAGAUGUACCACCAGAACCGGAGGAGCCUCCACCGAUCACAUUUGGGGGCAGAAGCACGCGUGUCAAAGACAAGUUUCGCUGUGUCUCCGGUCUUGCCGUGUCUAAAGACUCCGAGAUAUACAUCGCAGACUGCUACAACGAGAGGAUCGUUAUCUACAGUACAGAGGGAAAGUUCAUACGCGAGUUUCAAACCACCAUAAAAGGAUUGCUCAAACCCGUGCCGUUUCAACCACAGGAUGUCACGAUAGACAAGUACGAGAAAGUCUGGGUUGUGGGUUCACUGGCAAUCCCGAAGAAACGUUUUCCGACGGACUUUGUAGUCCAGUUCACCAAAGAGGGUCUCUUUAUCAGCAAGAUCGACAUCCCCCAUACAGGCAAGGAAUCGUGGCACGGCAUCGCAGCGAGACCGAACAACCUCUGGAACAGGGAGAAGAUUCGGACGGAGGAAGAUGACGACCUUCCUCCCAAACCUGACAUGGAAAUCAUCGUCACAGAACAACGCGUCAGGCCGUGGGAGGGAAAAUGGUAUGUUGAAAGUUGUGCCAAGGUGUUCCUGCCCAACGGCACGAUGUACAGAACGGUGGGAGGUCGGACCAGGAAGGCACGGUACGCCGCGGUCAACAGCAAAGGCAACAUCCUCGUGAGCGACUGUUGGACCCACAGAGUCCACACGUUUAAGGACGAAGACAAACCGUCAAGGUUCGGGACUCAGGGCACCGAGAACGGAUGCCUGGACACGCCGCACGGCGUCUGUACCGACAGCGAGGACAACGUCAUCGUGGUGGACAGGGGCAACAAGAGGGUGGAGUUGUUCGACAGGAAUGGGAACUUCAUCCGACACAUCGCCGAGGACAUGGCGGACCCGUGGGCUGUGGCAGUCGGGCCGGACUUUGUGGUGGUCACCAAUGUGGGGAAAUGUGGCGUGGACGAAGUGACGAUAAUACAGUACACAGCACCACCGGCUCCGGCUGAGGAGGAAGACAGGGCUUCUUCCACCCAACAAGUCAGGUUUGCGCCGUCUGAGUCCAACUACUCAGGGAAAGCAGAGUCACAGCGAAGCUAGAUAGAUAUCAGUACAUCAUAGUCAAGAAUGUCUCCAUAUAUGCGGCUCCAGUGCUGUUCAUAAGCUAUAUACACGGAUGAUUGCGGUACUAAUCCGUUAAGGAAUCAUAACGAUACAAGUUUACAGUACUGUACUAGUGAGGAUUGGACGUUAAGUUUGUGAGUACUAACGUAAUGUAGAUAUAGAGUAACUUUGUGCAUGUUUUAUUUAAGUGUCAUUCAUUGCUUUCAUGUAGUUUAAUGAUAACCACGUACAUGUGUAUAUAUCAGAGGGAUUUUGCCAUUAUUAUAUAUGAAAAAUUCCGUAUCACAAUUAGUAGUAUUGUGCGUCGUAUGAUAUCAACAAGAGACCAAAUGGCUUGCAGACUUUAUAUAUUACAUACACUUAUGUACAAACAAAACACUUGAUUUACCACUUCAGUAAACACUGUCUUAACAUUUUUUCAAAAUUAGUUUAGAUACAAUCAUUUGUACAUACCCUAUACUAUGUCAAGUUCAUUACAUCAUUGUCCUUGACAAAAUUACUAGUUGGAUUUAUGCGCUUGUUAGUCAGCUGACAUAUCAUUGUUACAGUCAUAUCUAUUUCACAAGCCUUUAAAAUAAAGUAUAAUACAUAUUU